GAAAGGUCUACUAUUCCACUACCCCUGUUCUCUUCUCAUAAUCUAUUCCUCUGCUGCAUAGAUUUCAUCAAUUACCCAAAACCUCGCAUUCAGAUAGCUGCUUUACUGUUUUGAAAAAAAAAAAAGAUAGCUGCUUUACUGUGUGUGUGUGAGAGAGAGUGCAAAGGAAAGGGACAAUGGUAGUCUCAUACCAGUCUUCCUCAUCCAAGUUCGCUAAUUUCCAGUUCCAUCCUUCCCCUCCACUCCACCAUUUCCGUCAAAAACCAGCUGGGUUUUUCCUCUGCACCUCUGUUCGCCCUAAGUCAAAUGCUCAUGAUAGAUUCCGCUUUGGUCUUUUUCCUCUCAAACAUUCUACUUGGAGAAUUUCAAACAUAUAUGAUUUUACAAGUAAAAGAAGGUGUGCUCAUGCAUCUCGGUUAUCUUUUUGCCCUGUCGAGAAGUUUUGUGGAGUAUAUGAUGAAUGUGUUUCAGAUAGGUGUAAAUUGUCAAGAUGCAUCAUUAGAUCUGAUAUUUCUGCCAGUGGUUCUGCUACUGCUUCCUAUCCACUAUCAGAAUCUCAAGCAAUCUCAAAAUUCAGAGGAAUUUGCUUUUAUGCUGUAACUUCUUUUGUUGCCAUUUUUUUGUUUGUGCUGAUGGUGGUUGCACAUCCUUUUGUGCUCUUAUUUGAUAAGUAUCGUCGUAAAGCACAGCACCUCAUUGCUAAAGUCUGGGCACUCUUGACUAUUUCUCCGUUUUUGAAGAUUGAAUUCGAGGGUUUGCAUAAUCUUCCUGCCAAGGAUGCUCCUGCUGUAUAUGUGUCCAAUCAUCAGAGUUUUUUAGACAUAUAUACUCUGCUUACUCUUGGGAAAAGCUUCAAAUUUAUAAGCAAAACUUCUAUUUUUCUCUUUCCCAUUAUUGGAUGGGCAAUGUAUUUCCUGGGCACUAUUCCUUUGAAGCGCUUGGACAGCAGAAGUCAACUGGAUUGUCUUAAGAGAUGCAUGGAUCUUGUUAAGAAAGGAGCAUCUGUUUUCUUCUUUCCUGAGGGAACUCGGAGUAAGGACGGGAAAUUAGGCACUUUUAAGAAAGGUGCAUUCAGUGUUGCUGUGAAAACUGGAGUGCCCGUGAUUCCAGUUACUCUUAUUGGAACAGGCAAGAUAAUGCCUGCAGGAAUGGAGAGUCGACUAAACCCAGGAGGAAUUAAAGUUGUCAUUCACCCACCCAUCGAAGGAAAGGAUCCUGAUUUCUUGUGCAGUGAGGCCAGAAAGAAGAUUGCAGAUGUGCUAAUUCGUGAAGGUUAUGAAACUUAAUGCAACAGGAAUUUUUCUGUACUGUCUUAGUGUGAAAUCUUUCUUGUGGAGCAACGGAGUGCUAGCUCAAAGGGCCGGAAAGAAGAUGGGCAUAGAUUAUCUCUAAUGGUAUAAUAAAUAAACGGAAGGGUUGCUGUCACAAAUUGUAAGACAGUAACAACUCUAUAUAAUAAUGUCAGUUUUAAAGAGAUGUGCACCGACAUUAGAUAUUUAAUCUGAUAGACAUGUGGUGCUCUCAUUUCAGAUUCAGUGGUGAGCUUAUCUGUUAGAAUAAUAUUCUCUCUGUCUCUACCAUCCCUCCCCUUCUGCCCUAGUAAAGAUCCAAAAAUAUUUAUCCGCACAUGGUCCACUUGUUCCUUUUUUCCCUUGAUUUUGCUAUCUGGAUUCUGAAGUUUUGAAGUUCCAUUCCAUGUACAGACAUCAUAUAUUUGCUCAUGAUUAGUGAUUUAUUUGUGUUGGUCUUUUCUUCAUGUGCUUUCUGGGGGUUGGGUGUUGAUCUUCAACUUUAGCCUAGAAAUUCUUGAUCCUUUCUGCUUGUGUUAUUUUGCGAUAUGCUAAUAUUCUCCAGCUUCUUGAACCAUUUUAGAUCUAGUUUAUUUCUCUCUUGUGCAAGUGUGGAGAUUGCUGUGCCGAGUAUUGUCUAGGAAUUCGUUAGUGGUUGCCUCCCUUUCAUCAAACCUGUUUCUUUCUGCUUGGUUUAUUUACUCCAGAAAAGCUGAAGGAGAAGUGCAAAUAACCUGUAACGUGUCGCUUAGUACUUUUCUGCUACUAGAUUUCUUCUUGACUUGAAUUUAUUUGGGAGGGUCACUAUGUUCAUUAAAGUCUCUUUAUUUUAUAGAACUGCCUCAAACCACACAAGUGUGGAAGAAUGUUACUUUGAGGUCUUGGCAUCAAUCUGAUGUUAAAUCAACUCAAUGAUGGAUAUUCCUUUGCAAGUUUAAUGAA